UGUAAACUGUGUGUGCGUGCACUUUGCGUGUGUGUUGAUGUUGUGGGUGCCGUUCCGUUCCACUCGUCGUAGAACAGGCCAAGUCCGCCGCGUUUGUUUGGCCCGGUGUUCCGGUUCGUGUCCGUCGGUCGCGGGUGUUCCGGUGGUGUCGGUUGAUUAGCUGAGAGUGUUGUGUUUUAGAUGGAUGUGCUGUGAUUGUCUGGAAUUCCAGGUUGGGAAGAGUUCGGUUCGCGGAAUGUUGGUUGUGUGCUACGUGUAAUGAUGAUGCUGCAUCCAGUGAUAAAACAAAAAGAAGCACUUCUUGAGUAAUUUAGGUUUAAAGAAUCAUUGUGAUUGUGCUUGAAUCGACGGUGCGAAGGCACUUGAGACAACACCACGAUCCAGUCAGUCAGCGAGCCGCAGAAGAGGUUCCCUCUCAUACCCAACUCCUCCGGGAACGGAAGACCACCGCAAUUAGGUAUUGGCAGCGCCUCAAAUAAGCAAACAUGGCUCAAGUACUGCGUCCCUAGACUGUUUAGAGCAAGCCGACUUAAGUCAGUAUUCAAGCGGCUUCGAUUGCGUUCGGUUCCCAAGUUCUUCCCUGCCGCACAAAAUAUCUCGUAUUCAGGCCACGCGCGUAUGGUCAGUUCCUCCUUGCGAAAAUGAGGUCACCCGCGGGAGCCAUCGGCAGAAGAUUUGCGAAAUUUCUUGGAACAAUCUUCGACGGCGGCAAGGAAGCCGAAGGGAAGGGUCCCACGUACGAGCGGCUAGCCCAAGAACCGCUAAACGGCGUUGGUCAUUUUCAUCACAUGCAGCACAAGGGUGAGGUCAGUUCCACCGGCGAUCCGGAAGAGGACAAAGAGAUGCUGCUGUCGACGGCGGAGGCGUCCACCUACUCGGCCCAGGAGGUCGCGGCCCGGCUCCGGGUGGACGUCCGGACCGGACUGCGAUGGGCCGAGGCCAACAGCCGGUCCAAGAUCGUCGGCUACAACGAGCUAAACGCCCUCGAUGAAGAGCCAACGUGGAUGAAGUACGUACAGCAGUUCAAAAACCCGCUCAUUCUGCUGUUGUUGGGUUCGGCGGUGGUGAGUGCGGCGAUGCGGCAGUUUGACGAUGCCAUCAGCAUUACGAUAGCGAUCAUUAUCGUCGUCACGGUCGCGUUCAUCCAGGAGUACCGCUCGGAGAAGAGCUUGGAGGAGCUGAAGAAGCUGGUGCCGCCGGAAUGUCACUGUUUGCGCGAAGGCCGGCUGGAGACGUUCCUCGCGCGGAACCUCGUCCCCGGGGACAUCGUGUAUCUGAACGUGGGUGACCGCGUGCCGGCGGACAUCCGGGUGUUCGAGGCGUACGACUUGUCGAUUGACGAGUCCAGCUUCACGGGUGAAACCGAGCCCGCUCGCAAGAGCAUGGAGGUGGUGUUGAACGCAAACAACACCAAGAACCACUCCAGCAUGAAGAACAUCGCCUUCAUGGGCACGCUCGUGCGGUGCGGGAAUGGAAAGGGUAUUGUGGUGAGCACCGCCGAGAAGAGCGAGUUCGGUGAGGUGUUCAAGAUGAUGCAGGCGGAGGAAGCGCCCAAGACGCCGCUGCAAAAGUCGAUGGACAUUUUGGGGGCACAGCUCAGCUUCUACUCGUUCUGCAUCAUCGGAGCGAUCAUGCUGCUGGGUUGGAUCCAGGCCAAACCGUUGGUGGAAAUGUUCACCAUCAGUGUGAGCUUGGCCGUGGCUGCCAUUCCGGAAGGACUUCCCAUCGUGGUCACCGUCACGCUGGCCCUCGGCGUCAUGCGAAUGGCCAAACGAAACUGCAUCGUCAAGAAGCUCCCCACUGUAGAAACCUUGGGCUGCGUAACGGUCAUCUGUUCGGACAAAACUGGAACAAUCACCAAGAACGAAAUGACCGUCACCGUCAUCAUCACCUCGGACGGGUACAUGGCCGACGUAACCGGUGCUGGAUACAACGACAACGGUGAGAUUCACAUCCGGGACUGCAACAGCAUGGAAAACGCAAAACGAAGCAUCAACCAGCUGCUGGAAGCCGGCGUAGUCUGCAACAAUGCCAUCAUCCAAAAUGACACCCUGCUCGGACAACCAACGGAAGGUGCUCUCCUCGCCGUAGCCAUGAAGAACGGCCAAUACUCCGCCGCGGACAACUUUCUCCGGAUACAGGAGUACCCGUUCAGCUCGGAGCAGAAAAUGAUGGCCGUUAAGGCCGUCCCCAAGUACUCCAACAACAAGGAGGAAAUCUACUUCGUCAAGGGUGCAAUCGAAAUGGUACUCCCACAGUGCACAAAGUUCUGGUACGGCGGUCAAGCCAUCACCCUGAGCAAGCAAAACGAGGCCGAGUUCCUCCAGGAAGCGUACGAAAUUGGGCGCAAGGGACUUCGGGUGCUGGCGAUCGCCAAGGGAUCAUCGUUCCAGGAUCUGGUGUACAUGGGACUGGUCGGCAUAACCGAUCCGCCGCGGCCACUGGUGCGUGAGUCGAUCGAGAUGUUGCGUGCCAGCGGAGUGCUGGUCAAGAUGGUGACCGGGGACGCGCAGGAGACGGCGAUGGCGAUUGCCUCCAAGAUCGGGCUGGACAUCGUGCACAUGCAGGCCAUGUCCGGCCACGACAUCGACCAGCUGAGCGAGCUGCAGCUGGAGAAGGUCAUCAACACGGUGUCGGUGUUCUACCGCGUGACGCCCAAGCACAAGCUGUCGAUCGUGAAGGCCCUGCAGCAAAACGGACACAUCGUCGGCAUGACCGGCGACGGAGUGAAUGACGGGGUUGCGCUCAAGCGGGCCGACAUCGGGAUUGCCAUGGGGAAAAACGGGACGGACGUUUGUAAGGAGGCGGCCGAUAUGAUCCUGGUGGAUGAUGAUUUCCACACAAUCAUUGCUGCCAUCGAGGAAGGCAAGGGCAUCUUCUACAACAUCCGGAACUUUGUCCGCUUUCAGUUGAGUACCUCGAUCGCGGCUCUCUCGCUGAUUGCGCUGUCCACGUUGAUGGGCAUUUCGAACCCGUUGAAUGCCAUGCAGAUCCUGUGGAUCAACAUUAUUAUGGACGGUCCGCCGGCGCAGUCGCUCGGCGUGGAACCCGUCGAUCAGGACGUGCUCAAGCAGAAACCUCGCAACGUUAAACAGCCCAUGAUCUCCAAGUCGCUGAUCAUCAACGUGCUCCUGUCGGCCGGGAUCAUCAUUCUGGGAACGCUGUGGGUGUUCCAGCGUGAGAUGGCCGACGGAACCGGGGUUACGAGCCGGGAUACCACCAUGACCUUCACCUGCUUCGUCCUGUUUGACAUGUGGAACGCGCUGAGCUGUCGAUCGCAAACCAAGAGCGUUUUUCAGAUCGGUCUCUUCACCAACCGGAUGUUCCUGCUCGCCGUUGGCUUCUCGCUGCUCGGCCAGCUCCUCGUGAUCUAUUUCCCCCCGCUGCAGAUGGUGUUCCAGACGGAGGCGCUCUCCGCGAUGGAUCUGGUCUUUCUGGUGUCGCUCACGUCGAGCGUGUUCAUCGUGUCCGAGCUGAAGAAGUGGUUCGAGCGCACGAUGGAGCGACGAAUGUACAGAAAGCGCAGCGAGCUGGACUUUGUAUGACAAACAGCUCACGCUGGAAGAUUGCACAAGGACUAAACAAAAAAGUAAGUGGGAAGUAUGCGUUGAAACUGAACAUCAAACACAUCAGCAGCAGCAACAACACGAUGUAAGAGACUUAUUUAAGCUUAACGUUCAACACUGUUCGAGGAAAGCGGAUCGAAUCGACCAUUUCUUUUGCGUUUCCAGUUUAUCAAUAAUUAAGGUAAAACUGAAAAAAAAUACUUGACAACAGUUUGCCCCACACACAAACACAACAUUCGUAACUAAAAGUGGACCCUAGACACGUAUACACGAUAGAAAUGAUGAUAUUUUUAAAGGCAAGCCGUAAAAUGAGACAGAAAAAGAGGAGAAACGUUUUGGGGGAAGACACAUGUCCGUUUUCUUACUUAUUUACAAAGGCAGAAAUAGGUUUACUUAGCGCUAUUUAUAAAGUAUUUUUGUAGAUAUUUUAAAUCAAUCAACUAUAACUAUCGCCGGAUUCUCAUUAAUUGAUAGCUCAUAUUUAUGUGUACACCGAAACGUAUGGUUUUGCCAAAAUUCCCUUUAUUGUUUGUGUAGCCGAUCGUCAAUACAUCUUUUUUUCUCUCUUUUAUGAGUUAUAAUUUUAUGUGUUUUUUUACUUUUUCGAGAACAGACGUCCAGAAUUGUUUGUUUGUUUGGCAGCACUGCCGCAGCGGUUCUUUGUUUGUAAACAAUAGUGCUCGCUGAUCAAGUCAACUUUGGGCAACUUUUAACAACAUUUUGAUCACCUUCAAUUGAGAGUGUAGUCGUUCGGUGGUCAGAUGUCACUUGACGUAAACAAAUGAUUUCGUUGUGGGAAAAGUGGUUCGAGAAUCGUUCAAAAAUCGACAUUUUGUUAUUUUUCUUAGAAAAUUGGACCAAGCUUGUCAUUUUCACAUGGCUUAAAAGAGCAUAAGUGUUUUCGCAAAUCUCCGCAACUUGUGGCGCUCAAACCAAAUCAAAUUACGCACAAAACUACGGAUUUUUAACUCGAACGUGAAUGCGGAGCUGCAACGGAUCGUUUGCACGAAACAUUUUAACCUCACUUUUCGGCACCCCCAGCAAACGUCAAGCAACCUACAAACUUGCUGCCGGAUCUUUUCCAGUAGAAAUCCGGACUAUGAUUCGGAAGUAAACUUGUACUCCUAUGACGUUUGUUGAGGGGGCUCUACUAGAGACCCUAAAUAGGGAGACUGGUCUAAGCUUGCUAAAUCGAUCUGGCAACGUAUGUUUUGAGCUUGGCAACACUGAUAAGUUUUGCUGGGCGUAAAGGCAAAUGCUCGUUUGGAUACGUCAAACUCGCGUCUGUUUGGGUACGUCAAAUUCACUUCGUCCAGUCUCCCUAUUUAGGAUCUCUAGGCUCUACUCAUCGGUACAACGUGCUGCAGGAUCUCAUUUCGGAAUUCUUCCGGACAAGAUCCGACAGCAAGUUUUUUCAAUAGACAAAUCUCGCUAAAACCAAACCAAGCUCGAUCGAUUAUUUAUUACAGUUAUGUUCUGGACGUCUGUUCUCUAUGAUUUCUGUGGUUUCUCGAUUAAAUUUUCAAAAGGCCCUAUCUGCAUAGGAAACCCAUGAGGGAUAGGUUGUUUUGAAAAUUUAAUCUAGAUUUCACCUUAUGUUGAAAGAAAUUCUGUCCCUUCCUAUGCCUUCUAACUUUAAGUAGAUCAGUUGUACAUUCCUUAACUCGCAGACGGCCCGAACAACUCCAGUGUCACGCGUCUCAAAUACUAAGUAAAAUGGGUUGUGUUGUGAUACAAAUUGACAAUAAGUACUAUCUUUACCCGCGAUACAACAGAUUAGAGUCCCUCACAAAUGUAGGGCGCCCUUUGUUUUAGAGCAUUUCCCGAAGUAACCACAAAUCUUUGUCCUUUAAAUCGUUAUUUCUCUCGACAAUAAUGGAUUUGAAGUCGUAUUGCAGAAGAAUAGAUCGAGCUGUGACACUCCGUUCCCGGGCCGUCUGCACCCUUAGAAUCUUUAAACUGUGUGUAGUUGGACUGAAAAGGGAAGCAAAAUGAAACAUAUCGAGUAAAACUGCGGUGUCCAAAACCUACUAGCUGAGAGUGCCCACGUGUGGGCAAUCGUAGAAUGAGAGAUAUGUUCUAGGGAUGCGGUUCAGCGUAGCGAAAAUCUACCUGAACUGCUGCGCGAAAGCGAAAGAGUAUAGCGCAGGUAUAGAGGAGGCGAGUCUUGACGGCAAUUAGCAACAACCUUUACGAUGAUGACAAUAGUAACCAGUUCCGUUACAUAAAGCGUGUGGUGGCAAGGCUGAUUUUCGAAACCGGCUCAACUUGAUGAAACUAUAACCUUAUUUGUUGUGAUAUACUUUAAACCACAUUCACGCGAGUUGGAAACGCGCGGUAGGUAUGCGCGGAAUGUAAUCCCCCGGCUUUCCAAGUGUCGCUGUCUCGAAGUAGGUAUAUCGAUGUCUUACGACGUAACCCGGUUGCACAGGCUUGAAGGCGCCAGAAUUUGACCGUUUAUUUUGUUGGAAUUUGCUGUUUUUAGGUUGUUUAAUACCCCAAUUACUAGAAAGUUAGGUGGAAGUACACUUGGAAUGAUUUUAAAAACAAAAUACAUAAAAAAUUUGAAGUCAUUUUAACUAGAAUUCAAAUAGAGCUUUUAUUACAAGUAAAACUUCUACGAAGCCCACUGUCAAUAGUAUGGCGGAAGUAAGUUUGCCUCAAAAUCAGUGUCUUCAUGUAAGAGUGUCUAGCGGGCACACUGUCAAAUGAGCAUGGCCACUUUUUCUCCCAAGUAAACGACAAACCGUCGGUCAAACCAAACAAAUUUGUUGCCGGUGUCCUACACUGUGACUAGAACUUCUUCAUUUUGAGCUAAAAUAACUUUCACCAUACUUUUUUCAAUGGAACUCAUUCACAUUUGUUAUAUCACUGGAUUUCAAUCAAAGUUUCAUCACAAUAUUAUGUGUUGAACACCAAAUCAUUUUCAAUGAAUUAUGGAAACUCAAUUGUGAAAUAUUCAUUUUUAAAUCAUUCCAAGUGUAAUUUUACCUAAUCUUAUGAAAAAAGCUUCUCAAAACACCCUGAAAGCUACCAAUUUCACCUGGAAACUAAAAAUAAAGUCGAUUGCAGUUUGACAAAAAGCAGCAGAAACGUUUGAACAAUCACCACCAGCGAAAGCAGUUGAUCUGAUUGGUUGUCUUCUAAAACAAUGAGAAAACAAACAAUAUCAGCAGCGCUAACAAGAUCAGCGAAUCCUUAACAACAACAAAAAAGAUGUGAAAGAGUCUAACAGCAAGCAUAACAACAACAACAUAACAGCAACAAACACCUACCAAGCAAAUCUUCUAGCGUGAGAAUGAUCGAAAAACAUGAUGACAAUUGCAAAACAAAAAUGAAAGAAAUUAAAUAAAUGAAUAUACCAAAACAAAUUGUGACAAAACUGAAAUAAUUAACUACCAAUAAACUAAUCGGCAUUUAGACAUGCACAAACUACAGAAAUAAUUUGUUGAAUAGGUUUUUGAAAGUUUGAAACACGAUUGAAAAACAAAACACAGCAAAAUCAAACCCGAAAAUAGAAUAGAAUGAGUUUCUUGUUCAAUAUUUGUGAAUAAUGUGAAAAAAAAAAUCUGGUAGGAAAACAAAACCAACAAAAAAAAACUCUUCGAUUGUUCUUAGAAGAAACGUAACAAAAAGUGUAACUGCUAAAGAAAAUCUGAAGUAAGAAGCAAGAGAUCACACGUCAACCACAAGAGCACAACAUCAUCAUCAUUUUAGAAGCACAAUCAAUUACUGCAAUCAACUUGAAAAGCACGAGCGUGAACUUUGAAGCAAAGCCCAUCACCAUCAUCAGCACAUUUUUUGAAAGUUUGCGAACUUUCCCAACAACAAAAAUAUCAUGCAAAUAUCAUCAAUUUGAUGCUUUUCUACUGUGCUGCCUUUUUUCGGCAGCCAAAAAAAAAUCAUACCCAAAUAAAAAGCAAAAUUAUUUCAUUGUACAUAUAAGCCAGCCAUACCCAGUAUUAGUUACAAUUUGGUGUGAAUUCAGUGUUGGUAAAAUAUUCCCCUCCUAUCUCUCUCGAAAAUGAAUUUCAUUCUUCAUCCUCCAAACUUUGACCACCUCUUGCUUUGUCCGCUUCAGGCAACACUUAUUCUAAACAUCGAUCGAACUUUUCUGUCGCCUUCACCAAACACACAAACACAUAAAUUCGCCACAUAUCAGGUCGUUCACAAAACGAAAAUCUCUCUUUUGGGGAGAUCGAUCUCGAAGAUCGGUUGCGAUUUUUUUUUGUUGCAAUUUUCCAUUGUGAAGAAUGAUCGCAAACGAAACUUUGAGAUAUUCAAACCCAUUUUCACACAUUCCAGUUUGAGCGUGAAAUUUGACAGAUUGUUACACGCAAAAGUGAUGUUGUUCAAUUUGGUUUGUUAUUUAGGUUAUUCGCAACGCGCGUUUAUUUUUGAGUAACUUUUUUUUUAUUUAGGUUUCUCGCAACGUGGAUUACUUUUUUGUUAUGAAACUGUGUUUUUUAAUCGCAACGCAGUGUUUAAUUUAAGUUGUUUUUUUUUAUUAAAAAAAACUUGAUAGAUUCAAAAUUAAAUAUUUUUAAAGAGAUUUUUUUAUUAUUUAAAUUUUGCGUGUUGGAAUCUAUGUCAAUAAAACCGUUCAACUCCAUCAGUUUCCCUCACCCCGAUGCUGUAUUUCGACUUUUUACUAAACUAUUUACAAGCAUUAUUAUACAUGUGCGCACAGUUCUUUCCUUAUAAUCUUAUACAACAACAAAAGAAAUUAAAAGACAAAAAAUAUCAUUGCCAAACCCGCAUCAAGUCUCUCGCAAAUACACAUACACAAAUUACACACUCAAGCAUUAAACACACAAACACAUUAAGCAGAUGAUGCAGAAGCGACGCGAAAACAAUAAAAUUGGAGCAACAGCAAUAAAAAAAGUAACGGAUGCAUACAUUUGAACGUACCAGCACUACUAAACUAAAAGUGUAUUUAACGCAAAUAUUAAACAACCGAGGCAGAAGCAACAUGAGCAACAAAAAAAAAAGAAACAAGAAUAACAUAAUUAAAUGGGUGUAAUCGAUACAAAUAUAACCUAACCAAGUGAAAGAACUGUUACCAUUUGGAAAAUAAACUUUUUUUUCAGUUUGAUCACGAUUGAGUGUAAGUGUGAAAUUCACUUCACAGUUGAUUUAAUAAAAUAAUUUGCAUACAAUUUCGCUCAAAUUAAGACGCUUUUUACAUAUUUUUUUCCAAAUGAAAACAAAUUUGUGUUUUCAAAUUGAAGCACAGCUUUUGUGGAAUAAAUUACAAAAAAAUACAUUAAAAAAGAUACGAGCCGACCAAUGUUUGAGUACUACAAAUAUUUUCAAUUGCAAACCAAAUAGUGAAAAUUACAUUUUGAUUUAAUCAAGCAAAGCAAGCAACUAUGUAGUACUCAUUCGAAGAAGAAGAAAACAAAACAAAAAAAAACUCAUAACACACAUUAACAACAGUGGAACAAUAGACGAUAAACUUUA